CCGCCGCCAUGGGCGCGCUGUUCCGCGGCGAGCCCGUGUGCCUGGCGCAGCUCUUCCUGCAGAGCGGCUCGGCCUACGAGUGCCUCAGCGAGGUGGGCGAGCGCGGCCUGGCCGAGUUCCGAGACGUUUUUGUGCCUUCUCAGCUGACAAGCACAGAGCUCAUGCAAAUUGUCUCCAGGAAGUUGCAGGAACAGCUGUGGUUUUCUAGGGGAGGUUACUAUUUCAAACCCCUAAUAAGCAUUUUGUCCUUCUCCUUCAGCUUAACCCAAAUGUGAGUGUGUUUCAGAGAAAAUAUGUGAAUGAAGUGAAGAAAUGUGAAGAAAUGGAAAGAAUACUUGGGUAUUUAGUACAAGAAAUUAAAAAAGCAGAUAUUCCACUUCCUGAAGGAGAUGUUGCUCCUCCUGCCCCCUUGCUGAAACACAUUUUAGAAAUCCAGGAACAGCUGCAGAAGCUGGAGACAGAAAUGAGGGAAGUAACUAAAAACAAAGAAAAACUGAGGAAAAACCUGCUUGAACUGACAGAAUACAAGUACAUGUUACAGAUCACACAGAAUUUUGUCAGGAGAACACCUGAGUAUGAAUCCCAUUUACAUGGAAAUUUUGAAGAAUUUCCUUCUGUGGAGAAUGAGCCAUUGGUGGAUUUCAACCGCACGCACAGACUGAGUGCCUCGCUGGGAUUCAUAUCUGGGUUAGUUCACAUAGCAAAGAUAGAAGCAUUUGAAAAAAUGCUGUGGAGAGUCUGUAAAGGCUAUCCCUUUCUUACCUAUGCAGAGUUGGAUAAGGCUCUGGAAGAUCCAGAUACCGGUGAAACCACAAAGUGGGCUGUUUUUUUAGUGUCCUAUUGGGGUGAACAAAUCGGUCAAAAAGUUAAGAAGAUUUGUGACUGCUAUCGCUGUCACGUGUACCCCUACCCCGACACCACCGAGGAGCGCCAGGCCGUGGUCGAAGGACUCAACGUUCGUAUUCAGGAUCUUGAAACUGUGCUGAAUAAAACUGAGGAAUACUUGCGCCAGGUCUUGUAUAAAGCAUCAGAAUCCAUCUAUACUUGGGUUAUCCAAGUGAAGAAGAUGAAAGCCAUUUACCACGUCCUCAACCUGUGCAGUUUUGAUGUCACAAAUAAAUGUUUAAUUGCUGAGGUUUGGUGUCCAGUGGCUGAUCUCCAGAACUUGCGCCAUGCAUUGGAGGAGGGCUCAAGGAAAAGUGGAGCUACAAUUUCCUCAUUCAUGAAUACCAUCCCAACAACACAACCUCCUCCGACUUUGAUACGUACCAAUAAAUUCACCUCAGGGUUCCAGAACAUCGUUGAUGCUUAUGGAGUUGGAAGCUAUGGGGAAGUUAAUCCAGCUCUCUACACCAUCAUCACUUUCCCCUUCUUGUUCGCGGUUAUGUUUGGAGACUUCGGGCACGGGCUGCUCAUGUUCAUAUUUGCACUCCUGACAAUACUGUAUGAAAACCACCCUAGGUUAAAAAGAGCACAAGAUGAGAUAAUGAAAAUGGUAUUUGAAGGCCGAUAUGUGAUAUUGUUAAUGGGACUCUUUUCUAUAUACACUGGAUUGAUCUAUAAUGACUGCUUUUCAAAGUCAAUAAAUAUAUUUGGAUCUGGAUGGAAUGUUUCAGCAAUGUAUGAAAAGGUUUGGAGUGAUAAGGAUCUGGAAGAUAAUCGAUAUUUAGCACUGGAUCCAAAUGUUUCUGGUGUCUACAAUGGAGCUUAUCCCUUUGGAAUUGAUCCGAUAUGGAAUUUGGCAAGCAACCGUCUCACUUUUCUAAAUUCAUUCAAAAUGAAAAUGUCUGUGAUCUUCGGAGUGACUCACAUGACAUUUGGAGUUAUAUUGGGGCUGUUUAACCACUUGCAUUUCAAGAAGACUUAUAAUAUUUAUUUGGUUUUUAUUCCUGAACUUUUAUUCAUGUUGUGCAUAUUUGGCUACCUGGUGUUCAUGAUCUUCUUUAAAUGGUUGGCAUACUCUGCAGAGAACUCCACAGCUGCUCCCAGUAUUCUGAUACAAUUCAUUAACAUGUUCCUGUUUCCUAGUGGUGAAACAAAGAGCUUCUUCAGUGGCCAGAUUCCUCUGCAGAAGUUUUUACUUAGUGUUGCUUUUCUUUGUGUUCCUGUAAUGCUGCUUGGUAAACCACUUUAUUUAUACUGGUUGCACAGUGGAGGCCGAGGCAUAAGAAUGUAUAGGAGUGGCUACAAGCUUAUCCGAAAAGAAAGUGAAGAAGAGCUUUGUCUCCUGUCAUGUCACGAUCUCGAAGAAGGUGUCACUCACUCAGACAGCGGGCACAGAGAGGGGGAUGCAGAGGAGCCGAACUUUUCAGAUCUUUUUAUGAACCAAGCAAUUCAUACCAUUGAAUACUGUCUGGGAUGCAUCUCUAACACAGCCUCAUACCUGAGACUCUGGGCAUUAAGUCUUGCUCAUGCACAGUUAUCAGAAGUUCUGUGGCAGAUGGUGAUGAGAGUGGGUCUGCGUGUGGAUACGAUGUACGGUGUCCUUCUGCUAAUCCCAGUGAUGGCAUUCUUUUCUGUGCUGACAGUUUUAAUUCUGCUGGUCAUGGAGGGGCUUUCUGCUUUUCUCCAUGCUAUACGACUUCACUGGGUGGAAUUUCAGAACAAAUUCUACUCCGGUGGAGGAUACAAGUUUAUGCCUUUCUCUUUUAAGCACAUUUCUUUACAUUUUAAUAAAGAUAGUGCAUUAUAAUUUGGCUGCUGUCAGCAGAAAUGUUUGGAAUUGUCUGCAAGUAACUGUGAUUGGAUCUUGCCUAUGAAUGGUUUCUUGUGGAACGAAGUGGUUUUCACUGAUUGCCUUAUAAUGCAGCCAAACAAUUCUGUAAAACAUACCUCCCACAGAAAGACAUAGCAGAUCUGGAGCAUCUUGUAAAAUAUAUAGAUAUAAAAUGUACAUUUUUCUUGAUAAACUAAUGUUGUAAAUUAAUUUUAUUCUUAAAAAAAAAA